AUGAGUUCAGCAUCGUAUCAAGAAAAAUGCAAUGAUGCAACACAAGUAGCAAACACUGACGACAACAAACAAGAAGCAGCCAGUGUGCCAGCACAAACAAUCAACCAUGAUUCUAAAGUAAAUGAACACAAUAUUGAAAGUCAACCACCACCGACAUCAGUAGAUCAAAUGGAUAAACUACAAGUUGAGGAAAUGAAACAAUUGGCGAGUCAGCUGGUUGGAGGAAACAUAACAAGACUAGGAAACGGUGGUGGAUUGACAGAAGGUGUAGUUGGACUGCGGAACAGUUUAUCGCAUUUAAAUAACGAGGACAAUGACAAAAAACUGGUUGAUACCAUCAGGUACGUGACGAGCGAUGAUACUGAUAAGAAUAAUGAAAAUCUACGAAAAUGA